AUGUCUUUGCAUUGUUUGAGAUUAGAGUCGUCUAGAGAUCGGCGCAAAGUCAUCCGGUCGGUAGCCUCGCGACCUUUCCCUAAGGGUGUGGAUCCAGCUAAAAAGAAAAUGAAGAAAAGGACGGGUUUUGCGCCAAAUAUGAGCGUUUCUCAAAUGAUGGUGCAAAGGGAGAGACCCCUCAAUGAGUUCAAGACUUUUGAAGAUCAGAAAAGGACAGCGUCUCCUGGAUCUAUAGUUCAACGGCCUGCGAAUCAGCAUUGUUUACCCUUCCCACAUCAAAAUAUGCUUAAUGUUAUCCCAGAAGAAGUGAAACACGAAACGCACGUGCAGAGAAGUUCACAUUAUUUGACUGUUAGUAGUGGUUGGAUAACUCAGCACCCAGAAAAUAUUGAAAUGAACCAGAAAUCAAAUCAGGCUAUGCCAUCCACUGUCAAUAACGCUUUAAACGUUGGUCUGCCAGUAUUGGGAACUAAUGGACAGAUAAUAGGUGUUAAUACAAGCUACAAUAAAACACCUAACGUCAAAAAUUCUAUGAGUAUCAUCCCUCAGAAUGUUAUAGAACAGGAAAGAAAAGAAGAUGACAAGGAAUUGCAAAUAAAACAGACGAAAGAGGAGUCUCAAAUAUUUUGCGGAUUAAAUCAACCUCUUACGCCAGAGGUUAUGCAGAAAAUAAAUGAACAGCAACAAAUUUUCAUUCAAAGAAAUCAAAAGCAGAUAGAGGUCAUGAAAGGCUACAAAACGCAAAUGACAGAGAAUAUAAAUAAGAAUAAUCAAGUAAUGCAAAAUCAGUUUGUACCACAAAACCAAUUGGUUAUACAGAAUGGCGCUGUUGUUAAAACAAAUUCAGCAAAAACUCCGCCUUGGCAGGUUAAAAGAACUGACAGUAGUACCCCUAACUCAUUAACAAGCCCGAGCCCAAAGUUACAGAAAAUAGAUGCUUUGGAUUAUGAUGUUAGCACAAAUCCAGAAGAAACCCCCCAAACAAAUAAUUUCCCUAAAAACGAACAUAGUGUGAACCAAGUGAUGUGCCCCAGAGUACCUCCAUUACCGCAGCAUUAUAACAUGAUGAGUCAGCAAUGGCCCAACGUGGAUCUUAACAAGAAGAAAGGGAAGGUGAAUAAAACACCUAAAAAGAAAAAUAAUCAAAUAGAAAACAAGCAAAUUGUCUUCGGAAACAAUGGAAUGAAAUAUCUGCAAGAGCAAAAGAAAACGUGUGACGAUAUUAUGAGCAGUAAUGUUCCAUCAUUUAUGGAUGAUCCAAGCGGGUACUUGGCACAACAAACUGUUCUUUUAAACAACACCAUAUCUCGUCAAGUCGGCGUCAAUUCGGCGUAUGAAGGCCAUCCGUACGAAGCCUCCACGAGUUACAAUUCACAAAAUCAGACCGAAAAGGGAAAGCCAAUGACUAAACAGUAUGAACCAAUCAAUGUGUUCAGAAAUAAUAUGGUACCAAAUUCAUCUCCCUCUCCUCAUACGCCGGACAGUAGCAUUGUGCCUGAAAAGACUUCCGAAAAUAUGUCACAAUGUUGCAAAGGCUGCAAUGUAACAUUCAAAGGUAAUAAUUGCGAAGGAGACACUCACAUGAGACAUAAAUUCAAACAUAAUAUUUACCAGGAUCUCGACACGGCUAGUCCAAAACACGGUUUCGACGAGAGUCCUGUCACAUCGUCGACGUUUCUCGAAAGAAAUACCUUGUCGAAUGAAAAUUGUGGGCCAAUUCAGGCGGGCGUAGUCAGCACCAGUAACGUGUCACCGACAGAGACUCUGCAGCCUCCAGAGCCUUCGCCGACGUUAUCUAAUAGUUCACGAAGUACUGACACACCGCACAGUGGCGGCAGCAAUGGCUCUCAACAGCAGAAUUGUACAUUCCCUAUGCCCAGCCCAGCAUAUUCUAACCCUGGUUCUUGCCGUGAUAACUUCAGCAGUAACCCCUCAACGCCUAGUAGUCAAGGCUACCCUUACAAUUCGCCUGGGCCUCCCAACCCUCAAUCGAUAACCGGAACUCAAAUGAUGCACUUUAUAUCAAACCACAAUGUAAAUAAGAACCUUAUGGAAGUAGAUAACAUAUCAAUGGUCGGCGUGAAACCUGGCCUAAGGCAGGAGACGUUUAGACUCGAACCCAGAAGGAGGUAUGAAAAUACUAUGCCGGGUUAUUGUCCUCCCCCUCAUUUAGGCGGAGGGCCACCGUAUUCGUUGAUACAAACGAAUUACAUACAAACAUUUGUCACUACCAUGGCGAGUUUCUCUGUGCUUAGGGAUACGAUUACUUCGGUUUUGGCUGGAAAAGCCAACACGGCAACGACCUCUAUAAAUGCUUCACAUGCUAAUUUCAUCAGACCUCCACCACCUCCAAGCGUCAAUUUGGCGACUACAUAUGCGAUACCAAACAAUCAACCGGAUCCAUUUAUAAAUUCUGUCAAUCUACCCACGAGUUAUCCUCUUCAUAUCGCUGGUACUACGGCACAAAAUAUGAUCUCAAAGUCUCCAUUAGAAAUGGUUCAAAAUGUGAUAAGCAGUCUUCCUGCUAAACCGGAAACAAGUAAUUCUCAAAGUAUAUCAAUGACCAUGGGUAAGAGAGCCACUCCAGGUCAGAUUGUGAUCUCAUCUACCGGUCAGAUAAUCGUCAGCAGCAACCACAUGCCACCCCCGCCACCUAAAAAUACUUCGGCGGUAUCGCAAAUGUCCAAUGCUGUGACAAAUGUAACCUCUUCAGUGAGUCAAAUGGUUCCAGCCGGGCAGUCGAUGGUGAAUCAACCGACAGUUGUAGUCAAUACUUUGCCCACGCCUUUUAUGAUUCAGCCUCCCAUGAUGGCUGUUGAUGGCCAAGUUGUACAACAAAACACCGUGCUUCCACAAAUCGUGACCGGAGGUCUAGUGUCUGGCCAAUCUUGCGAAACAUCUCGGCAGAUUGAAGUUAAAAACGGACAGAGCUUCGUGCAGGGUGUCGCGAUGCUUUCGCCGGAAAGUAUUAAAAAGAGAAGUAAGAAGAAGAAAAAUCAAACUGCAAAUAUAACUAACGUCUUGCAAAUAACGGCUCCACAGCAGAAUCCCAAUAAUAUCAUGCUCCACUCGUCGCCUCAGCAUAAUACUAGUCCACAGUUUUCUCCUCGAGGCUUUCAGCUGUCACCGACAAACAAUAUUUCACCAACCCCGAUGCUGCAAGCGCUCACAAUUGUCCCCGGGAAGUCUGGUACUCCCGCACAUAUCGUCAUGAACGGACAAGGCAACUCUAAUAGUUUAGGAUCACAACAAUUCAUCACAAAUACAUCGCCAUCACAACAAAUCAAUUUAUUGCAACCCGUCAAUUUGAUAAAUAACGCUAGCAACGUGAUGUCAAACUUCCCAACGUUCCAGCAAUUCAUAGUACCCAAUCUCGGGGGAAUGGUUAUGACGGCCGAUGGCACGACAAUUAUCCAGGAUAAUUCUUCUGGAAUGCCAAUGCAAUUACAGUUACAAACUGUUAACGGCCAAAAUGUUCUUACGCCAGUACAAAACCCGGGUGUAUUUACCACAGGAACUAACAGCGGCGUCGUCAUACGUCAAAAUCAACAAGGCAAGAUCAUCCAAUCUCAACACAGCCCCGGAGCACAAUUCCUGUCCCCUAACAGUCAAGUGAUGGUGAACAGUCCAAACUUCAAUGGCCAGUUAAGCCCAUUACUGGCAAACUUAAGCCCGACGAAUGUCACCUUCAACCAGAAUCAAGUUAGAUCUGGCAACGUUCAAGCCCAGGAGUUUAUACAGACCAAUCAAAUCGGGCAAACCUUGAUGGUCCCCUUAUCUCCCAAGCAGGUCACCAUACCGGCAUCCAACAGAAGUAACUCCACAUUCGUUCAACAAAACACGACAAUAGUGCAACAACAAACAACCCUCGUUUCCAACUCUCACAACUCCCAAUCCACGAACUUACAAGGGAACUCAUCACGUUUCAUGGAUGCUAUGAACAAAGCACAGAAGAGGUUUAUUCAAACAGAAACUUUAGAGGAUCAAAAAGAGCGGCCGCAGUCGGCCCAAAUCCCUCAAGAGGAUAAAGUGAAUUCCGAGGGCUACAAGUUUCUGAAUGAGUUCAGUCCGCAGAUGGGGCAAGAGGAAUUUUCCGUCCGGCACUCGGUGUCCACGCAGACGUUGCUGAACCAGCAGAGGGGUGGGAAGUCUCCCAGUAAUCAAGCUGUGACGGGGAGUAGUCCUCCAGAUACGACGACGCACAGUCCGUUGGGUGCAUCCGAAGCGGCCAGUCCUAGAAUUUAUGGGUCACGGUGCGUCUCCACUCAGGGCAAUUACGCAGAUACAACUACAAAAUCACCGGAACCCGCUGAUGUCAAUUCUUCGGGUAUGGUACAAUGCGUGUCAAGCAGUGAACAGGACAUGGCAGAGUCCCAGGAACGCGCCUGGACUGUUCCCAGGACUGAACAACCCCACGACACUGAUGCUUCCAAUCUCCUAUCAAACAUGCAGUUGAUGCGUCCUAACCGCGUGGAAUCUACCGAGAUGCCAUACCUUGGCCCAGCACAGCACCAACUUCUGCCCAUGGGCUCCAAUAUAUACGACCGGCCUCCAUGUUACAAGCGGAAAAACGAAUUUGACUCUUACAGAAACGAGAAGAUUAUGAGGACGACUUAUAUGAAAGAUCUGGAAUAUGACAUGCAAGAGAAGAGUCAUUACCAGGGAACUAGUUCGGACAAAUAUGACCGGAUGGGGCCCGGACAUGAUGCGAAGAGCGAGUCCAAGUUCCAAGUGGGAGAUUUAGUUUGGGGGCCGGUCAAGGGUUACGUCUCCUGGCCGGGGAAACUGAUGGGUCGGUGUGAUGAUGGCAAAUGGAAUGUACGCUGGUUCGGUGGUGACAAGCCGCCUAGUAACGUGGAAGACGGAAGACUGCUGACCCUCACCGAAGGGUUGGAAGCUCAUCACGCUGCACGAACCAAGCACAGGAAGAGCAGAAAAUUAAACACCCUUUUAGAGAAUGCUAUUCAAGAAGCGAUGUCGGAAUUGGAUAAAAAAAGCGAUGGUACUAGUGAAAGUGUCGAUUCGGAACGCGGUGACACAUUUGUCGAAGAAGAGAUAACAGAGACUCCAAGGAAGAAGAAGGAUAAGAGAAAAGAUAAGUGUAAGAAGAACAUAAAAGUCGAAACUCGGUUACGGAAUUCACGAUGA